GCCAGCAUAGCCCAACCCGUCCUCUCCACAAGUUCUGGCCCAGCCAUUAGCCUGCGCUCCACAAAUCAAGAAUCAACAUGAAGAUCUUCAUUCCCAUCGCUGUAGCUGCUGCAACAGUAUCCACUGUUUCUGGUGCGACGACGUGGAUCGAUGGCCUCACCAAGAUUGAAAACUCCGACUCGUACCACAUGAAACACGUCCACGUCGUGCAGGCCCGAGUGCAGAGUGAUGCUCCGUUGUGGAAUGCGACCACCGAGACGUUUGGCUCGAGAUACUACAAGACGGCCGAAGAGCAGUUCCGAGGGUUACUCGACACCGUGAACACUGCCUCCGUCGAAGGAGCACUGAUGUAUGUUCAAGCCGAGGGCAUCGACGUCACGUACCAAUCCACAAAGUGCGAGCGCAAGAACAACAUGAAGUACGUCGUCUUCUACGACAUCGUCGUCGCACAGACCAACGAAACCUUGGCGGAAUACGAGGCAGAGUAUGGUCCUUUCUUAGCGAUGGACGGAGGUCGGUGCAAUCAAGUCAAUGGGACAGAGUCAGAGGAAUGUCUCUCUCUGAACGGCAAUUCCACCUUGAAUGUUCCUAGUGUCGGUCCAUUCGUUGGCGGAAGUGAGAAACAGACCGAUAGUCGAGCGCCGUACGAGAAUUGUUGGUGGUACUCGUUCCCCAACACUUGUCCGUUGCAACCGUGGAAAACGAAAACGGCGGAAUGCCGCGCGAAUACGCGUCAAGGCCUCUGCGAUCUGAAAGAAUUGCCCGACGGUAUCAAAUGCACAUACAACUACCGUGUGCUUGGUUACGUUCCACUCGACGAUGUUGUCGGGAUCACAAGCCUCAAGAACAAGGCCGGUACCGGGACCUAUGCCAAUUAUUCCGAGUUCUGUACCGAAGGAGGAGUUGAGUUCAAGACCGAGAGUAACAAGCUGGUUGACAGCCUUCCUUUUUGGGAAAAACCUUCCGAGACUUCGGAGAACACGAAACGCGCCCAAAAGCUGCUCACAGCCUAUGGAGACAUGCUCACGUCCAAAAAGUCAUCUCAAAUUACCAGCGACGACAUUGGCCACAUGAAAUCACUUCCCGCCGUGAACGAUCUGGUCACGGAGAACCCAAAAUGCUAUGAAAACGUCAAGAAGUGCGCUACUGCAACUCAUGGCUGCAAGCGCGAGCUGUACGGCCAGAUCUGUACUGUGUGCAACGCUGCUGCAAAUGGCUGCGAGGUGGCGCCAACCUCGUUUAAGUACCCGUCGCUAGCGAAGGCCAUUGCGGUGAAAUCCUCUGAAGGAAACGCAUCGAGUGGAAGCAGCAGUGAAAACACACCAACUCCAACCCCGACGUCCAGCUCUACUAGCCUCGCUAUUACAGUUAGUGCGCUAGUCGCAUCGCUCGGACUGUCGGUUCUGUUGGGCUAAAUGAUAGGGUCCAAGGCUAUGCCGUAGUCCUCCGCAUCUUGAUUACAAAAUAGCGAACAUUAUGAAAGAACUCCAUCACAAUCCCUUUUUCGACAGCCCUGCUUUGAGAAGGAUAAUUGAGAGGAUGAAUGGCAGUUAGAAU